UAAGAGCCGUGCAGGGGUCUGGAGGAGAACUUGGCCGGUGGCAGGUCCUGAUGUUCCGGGCCGGGGUCAUAGCUGCAGCCAGAGGGUAGGUGGUGCUGUUGCCGUGACUGUGGCUUCCUCAUUGGAGCGGGGAAGAGAGGCGGAAUGUUUAACUCCGUGACAUGAAGCGGAAGCGUGGGAGAGCCACCGCACUCACGCCGCCUGCCUGGAACUCCCGCCGCCUCGGACCCUCCGCUUGAGCUCGCGCUCGCCCAGCCGCCUGCUGCUCACUCCUUGCCGACCUCUCAGCGCUCCUGGAGCCGGGCUUCUUGCGCUAGGUCCAGAGGGGGAGGCAGAUUUUGUGGAGGUAUAUUACUUUGUCAUUAUGAGAUGUCGUCUCUUGGUGCUUCCUUUGUGCAAAUCAAAUUUGAUGACUUGCAGUUUUUUGAAAACUGCGGUGGAGGGAGUUUUGGGAGUGUUUAUCGAGCCAGAUGGAUAUCACAAGACAAAGAAGUGGCUGUAAAGAAGCUGCUCAAGAUAGAGAAAGAGGCAGAAAUACUUAGUGUCCUCAGUCACAGAAACAUCAUCCAGUUUUAUGGAGUAAUUCUUGAACCUCCCAACUAUGGUAUCGUAACAGAGUAUGCUUCUCUAGGAUCAUUAUAUGAUUAUAUAAAUAGUAAUAGAAGUGAAGAAAUGGAUAUGGAGCAUAUUAUGACUUGGGCCACUGAUGUAGCUAAAGGAAUGCAUUAUUUACAUAUGGAGGCUCCAGUCAAGGUGAUUCACAGAGAUCUCAAAUCAAGAAAUGUUGUUAUAGCUGCUGAUGGAGUAUUAAAGAUCUGCGAUUUUGGUGCCUCACGGUUCCAUAACCAUACAACACAUAUGUCCUUAGUAGGCACUUUUCCAUGGAUGGCCCCAGAAGUUAUCCAGAGUCUUCCAGUUUCUGAAACAUGUGAUACCUAUUCCUAUGGUGUGGUUCUCUGGGAGAUGCUAACAAGGGAGGUCCCCUUUAAAGGUUUGGAAGGAUUACAAGUAGCUUGGCUUGUAGUGGAAAAAAACGAGAGAUUAACCAUUCCCAGCAGUUGCCCCAGAAGUUUUGCUGAAUUGUUACAUCAGUGUUGGGAAGCUGAUUCAAAGAAACGUCCAUCAUUCAAACAAAUCAUUUCAAUUCUGGAGUCUAUGUCGAAUGACACUAACCUCCCUGACCAGUGUAACUCAUUUCUGCAUAAUAAGGCAGAAUGGAGAUGUGAAAUCGAGGCAACACUUGAGAGACUAAAGAAACUGGAGCGAGAUCUCAGCUUUAAGGAGCAGGAACUGAAGGAAAGAGAGAGACGCCUGAAGAUGUGGGAGCAAAAGCUGACUGAACAGUCCAAUACUCCUCUUCUCUUGCCUCUUGCUGCAAGAAUGUCUGAGGAGUCUUACUUUGAAUCUAAGACAGAGGAAUCAAACAGUGCAGAGAUGUCAUGUCAAAUCACAGCAACAAGUAACGGGGAGGGAGAUGGCAUGAAGCAAAGUCUACAGGCCAUGAUGGUGAUGGGCUUUGGGGAUGUCUUCUCAAUGAACAAAGCAGGAGCUGUCCUGCAUUCUGGAAUGCAGAUAAACAUGCAAGCCAAGCAGAAUUCUUCCAAAACCACAUCUAAGAGAAGGGGAAAGAAAAUCAACAUGGCCCUGGGGUUCAGUGAAUUUGAUAUGUCAGAAGGUGACAAUGAUGAUGAUGACGGCGAUGAGGGUGACAUGGAUGACAGUAGUGAAUGAAAUCAAAAAUCCAGAAUUCUCUUAAGCCUGAAAGCAAAGCAAUAAAUUUUUAAAUGUUCAGAAAAAAAAAAAAAGAAACUUGUAAUCUUGAUCUAUAUUGAAAAACAGUCAAGGAGGAAAUCAAACACUGUGGAUUUUUUUUUGUUGUUGUUUGUUUGUUUGUUUUUGUUUUUUAGGCCAGUCACAUAUACAUGGCAGCACUCUAUGUUUAGACUACUACUGAUUUAUUUUUGCUUAAUGAAAUUUUGAAGGAAAAUAAGAAAAAUGUUAAGGAAAAAUAGAUGUAGCUCACAAUUCAACUGUAAUGUGGUGCCUGAUUACAGAAAUUCCUGUGGCUUAAAAAAAGUACAAUUGACUUUCAUGCUGAGGACAUUUUAACGUAUUUGAAACAUGAGUGUUUUGUAUUAUGUAUUUGGCUUAAUUUUAUUUCCCUCUUACUAUGGAUAAAGAUAUUUGUAUUUUGAGCCAAUGCUCCUGGCUUCUAUUUCAACCUAAAUACUUGUUUCUGCUGUUAACCUAUUCUUAAAUCAAAGCAGUGAAUUUCUUACAUAUUUAUUUUGUAUGAAAAUACUUGGUGAUGUCAGAAACACUUGGUUGUGACUAAAGAUUUGGACAAAAGAACCUGAGAUCAAAGGAGGUUGUUUCAAACACCUAUCUUCAGUAAUACCCAAACAAAGAACAUUUUCAACACCAAAUUGCUAUUUGUAUAGGAUCUCAUCCUAAAGUGUCCUAGUGCUUCCUGAAACACAGUUUCUUAAAGUAAAACUCUAGCAAUUUUAUCAAUAACAUGUUAGUGAAAGGAAGACUACUCAUCUUUGAAACUGACAGCAAACGCUAGAGACCUUUAUAUUUAUCUCUACAAGCCUUGAAGACUCAUCAAUGCACUUUCCUCUAAAAGUUAGCUUUUACUUUAUGCAAAUGAACUCAAUACUUUAUGCAUUAGAAAAAGGCUGCUGUUGAUGGGGGCACCACCUCCCAGCUUUGUGGGUCCUAAACAUUGUCAGUAAAAUGGAAUGGUAAUCCUGGAUCUUGAAUCUAUUUUUAAGAAGAAAUUAACCAUUAUGAAAUAAGAUUCUAAGGGAAAAUGACCGUAAUCAUUUAGCAGUAACAGCACCAGAUUCUGUGUCUGAAUAGCUCUUCACCAUGACCUAAUCACUAAUUUGGUUCUCAGACGCUUCCCCACAAUCAUCUGUAUGCUGCUAUGCCUCUUUCUGCAGUGACUCAGAGAUGCCAGUGCUUGUACAGAGAGGCUGAUAGUUAUUUCUCUGGUGACUGCUUGAGAAACCUGGCAAAGCUAAGAUGUUUUCUAAAUGAAGUAGUAUCAGCAAUUUGUUUCCAGACAAAAUUAUGAAGCAAUAUAUUUUUUUUUUCUUGAAACUAAAUCCCAUGAAAUGCCUUUGGUGGCAUUUUUUCCCUUAAGAAAACCUAAAGAAAGACGAUCACAAAGGUUAUUAGUUAUACAUAUAUCUAUUGCCAUUUCCAAUCACCUUAGCUAAUUCCAAGCCUGAAAUCAAGCCUCCCAGGAUUUGAAAACUCAUAUAUUCCCAUGUACUUUAGAAAGUUAUAAAAGUACCCCAAAUAUAUCUAUAUAAGUUGUUCCAGCUUCCCCAUUUGGAGUAAAUCCUAAGAUGUUUUUGUAUAUGAUAUGUGAAACCAUUCCUCAUGCCAAUGGGGCUAAAAUAAUGAAAUGACCUCAGUAAGUCUUUCCUGGGAAACCAGUUUUGAGUAGUUUUUGCUCCAGCCAUAGGGAGUAUGAAGCUAAAAGAAAAUAGCUUCCAAGAGAAGAAAACUAGUGUCAUGCAAAGUACACAAACAAAGGGAUUCUCAGGUACCCUGAGGGCUAUUGCAAAGCAUUGGUCAAAUUCUCCUGGACUAAGCUAUUUACGGACUGUAAGUAAAGCACCUUUGGAAGCUAUUUUAAUGCCAAAGUCAUUGGUAUGCAUGCUAAGUCAAUACAAAGAAAAAAUAAGUUCAUGAUGACCCCUAUUGACUGACACUUGGGUUAGACACUGAGCUUGUGAAAUGCUGUACAAAAGAUAAUUCUUCUCCCACUGUUCCCACAUGUGUAGUACCUAGUGGCUAACACACUUGUGCCCUCUAGGUGGGGGGGUCUGAUGAUCUCCAAAGCCCAUAGUCCUCCAAACGUAGGCAGGGCUAUUAGGGUAGUAGUAGACAAAAGAUGAGAUAGGAAGGGAAGAUCUUGUUAGGGUCCCAAAAAGGCAGAGACAAGGGUGUGCCUUGAAUGUUUCAUCUUGCAUAAGCAAAGAAAAAUGUGUCUGUGCAUGCUACUCCUCCUGCAUCUGGGUGCUUCAAAUUUAAAACACACACACAUACUGUUACCUUCUAACCAACAAAUGAGUACAUAUAAAUUAAUUGGAAAGUGGGAUUUUCCUCCUUUUAAUAUGUAAAUCAAUCAAAAGAUAUUACAAGUUAGAACCCAGAAAGUCAGAGACUGCUGGCAUUAUGUGCCUAGUUUUGCCACUGACUGAAACAUAGCUGCUUUUCUGAAUUUAUGCUUCUUUGUCAACUUCCUCAUCAGUGUAGUAGCUGGCCAUGGUCACACAGAGAAUGUACACAUCUCUGCUAUAAUAGACCCAGUGCCAUCAAGAAGGAGUGUGUCUUUCAUUCUCUUCCAGAAGCCGUGGCAUGAACUCCUUCCUAACACUCUAGGAACAGUUAGUAAUUUUACAGAGUUGGGGCAGUGUGGCCCCUUCAUUUGUCCAGAAAGGCUCGGGCAUAUGUAAAAAUCGAAUGGUGUAUUAAGAAUUAGUAGGAAAGGACCCCAGAGAUUAUUUAUUUAGUCAACCCUCUCAUUUUAGAGUUGAGGAAAUGGAGAUUAAGGAGCGGCAAAGUGACUUACAGCAAAUUCAGUUCAAGUCAGCAAACAAUUAUUAAAUACAUUAUGUGGGUAUGUAUUAUGCAUUAUCAUACACAGUAUACAUUAGACUUCAUUCCUGUCCUCUUAGAGCUUACAGUCAAUUAAAGAGAUAUGAAACUUCUAAGAUCUGGCAAUACAAUCCAUUUCAAACUCCUGUAGUUAUUUACUAGAUGCACUUCAUAAUGCAUGUUUCUAAUAAACUUCAUUAGGUUAUAGAUACUUGAUAGUAAUCUUUUUUUCUUCUUAAUGGAAUUCUAUCAGCACAACUGAUGAAAAGCAAAGUAAGACAUUUGCCAUGGUUAAGCCUGAAUUUUGAAAGGGUCCUGCUACCACAUCAUCAUUUCCUGUUAGAAUGAUUCUUUAUCCAGCAUUGUUUGGUAGAAUUUAGCAAACCAGGUUCUUCUUUGAAUUUUUAAAAGAAAUGCUUAUUGAACUAAUGCAAAAUCAUUGGGGGUGGUUUUCGGUUUAUAGGUUGUAAUCUACUUUUAUACAGCUUCCACUCAACUUUGGAAUAUUUCCACCAAAAGCUAACGUGCUAGUGUAGAUUUUGUCUCAUGACUGCAACUCAUAAAAAUACAUAUGUUGUUAGUAAGGAUAGUUUGGGAAAUGCUGAGAAUUUUCAGUAUUGAAAAUGAGAAUUGAAUCCCUACAAUUUGGGAGGGCAGGGGGUUAAGUGACUUGCCCAUGGUCACACAGCUAGAAAUCCCUACAUUUUUAUAAUCAUUGUUAGGAGCAGAUGUCUGAAGACUUAACUGUCGUUUAAUAUUUUGACUAAAUUCAUAAGGUUAUUCAGGUAGACAUUGCCAGCUUUACAUUCAUAUUAGGGUGUCCACAGCUAUUCUCCUUCAGGAGUAAUAAAUCAAAUCGCCAAAGUCAGUGCAUGCAUUUUCAAAAUAAUAGCUGCUACAUGUACAUUCAGCCUGAAUUAAGAAUAUCCAUAACCUUUAUCUCCUCAGCACCAAGAAUAACAGGGAUAGAACUAGUUUCCAAGGGGAAAUGGGCCAUUGAGACCAUUAGGAAGGACAAAAUUCAACUUAGUUCAUUCUCAACUACAGUGACUCAGUUCUCAGAGGAGAAAAUUCAAGAAACUAGCUUUGUUAUGAUUCUGCUUUUCCUUCUACUCAUUUUUAACAGAAAUUUCUGUAUUUUAUACCAACACUAGGGGUGAGGGACUCAUUUCCGAUUGUAGGAUCGGUGAUGAUAAAGACCUUAGUUUUUCAGACUUUACCAAGCAGUUUAAUUAGUCACAGUGGCAGUGGCAAGUAGUCACAUUUUAAGAGGCAGCAGACAGACAUAUUUGCAAUUAAAGGAGCUAGGAUAAAAUCAUUGCUCUGUUGUGCACUACCUAUGUGAACUGUAGCAAGUAGCUAAACUUUUCUGGGUUCAGUUUCAUUUUCUGUAAAAUUAGGAGGUUGACCUAGGUGAUCUUUGUGAUCACUUCCAGGUAAAUUUAUGAUCUUUAUAACCCUUUAGUCAUUUCAGAUAUUUGCAAUUAGACCUCUUUAGAUUCAAGGAAUUAAUAGUCAGGUCAGCUGGUCAACAAACAUUUAUUCUGUAUUUACUAUGUGCCAGGCAUUGUGCUAAGCACUGGGAUAUAAAGAAAGGCAAAAACAUGUGGGAUGCAGAGCAGCACCUCAAGUAGUGCUACAGACUCAGCCGUAUCUUUUUCUUCUCUUUUUUUUCAUCAAAGAAGUAAAGAUUUUAUGAGUGAUAAUAAAAAACCCAGUUAUUCCAAGUUAAAUAUUAUUACACUAGCAAUAGUUUGCCACAUGUCAGAAUGAGAGCACACUACACAAAUACCGCUAAGGUGUUACUAAGCCAACUUCACUUGUGUGUUGUGUUCAUUUUCUUUCUGUAAUCAGGCACCUUUUUACAGGUUCUGCAAAAGACCCCUUUUCCAGGAUAGCAUUUAAAUAAUGUCUCCAGAGACAAUCUGUUCUAUUCUUUGCCUUUUAAUGUAGCUUGAUGGACACACUUGCAGCAUUUUUCUACAAUGUAAAAUUAGCCACUAGCAGGAAAAUCUGGAGGACAAAACAUUUCAUUUUCUCCCCCAGACUUCAACUUAGCGUGCGCACUCUAAUGCCUGUGUGGAGCUUUCUGGUGUGGGAAUAUUAACUUCAGAUUUAGUUUCAAGCACCUAUAUUAAAUAUUUUAUAUUGUGUGCUGAAUGUUAUAAUACCUUUUUAAUGUCAGAUACAGUACACUGCAUUUAUUGCUUUUGCACUCUUGAAAAAGUUUUGUACUAAAUAAUAGAAAAUGAUACUAUUUAUACUCUUUUAAGUGUGGUCAGAUGAGCUUUGAAUAGACAGCAUUUUCACGGUGGUUUUUUUAAAAAGUAUUUUUUCUCUCUCAUUCUGUUGGGAUAUUAUUCUGAGCAAUGCCGGUGCCAGAAUUUUGUAUAAGAAUCUGUAUGGAGCAUGAAAUUAUAGUCUUGUGUGGUGAGACUUUUCUGUCAUUGUCUUACUACCUAGUAGGAACUUAAUAUUCCAAUACAAAGCCAGCAAUGUAUUCAGUAAUCUCCAUGGUGUCAUACAUUUCAUUUUGAUGUGAACUUUUUUCCUUUGCUUUCCUUUGUUCUAAAACUCUAUUUUGCAAUAAACAUUUUGAC